UCGUAUCAAAACUGAAAAAAAACCAGGAUGGUAUAUUAUAUAAAAGUUACUUAUAUCGGUUAAAACGUUCAAAUAAAAACGGAACUGAAAAAUGGGUCUGUACUCGUAAUUGUUGUUCGUGUUCAAUAACAAUAAAAGAUGAUGUCAUAAUUGGUAGUAGUGGUAUUGAUGAUAGUGGCACUCAUUAUCCAAUGCAUGAUUCAAAAUUACCGGAGAAUGUUUUAAAUUGUGUCAGUUCAAUCAAAAAACAUGUUUUAGAAGAAUCAACAUUCCAAUACCUCAAAUCUAUAAUCAACAAGUGAAAAAAUUUGUAAGUCCAGUAUUUGAUGUCCAGCAUUGUCCAGUAUUUGAUUCUACUAGACAAUCAUUAUAUUCCACUCCUUUAUCCGUAUUUCCAUUAUUACCAAAAACAUUACAAUCACUCGUUAUACCUCAACAAAUGGCUUGUACUUCAUCAGAUGAGCAAUUCUUAUUUUGUAAUAAUCCAUAUCCAGAUGCAGUAUUAGGUUUUUGUUCAACAUCAUCGUUAGAAAUUCUCGGUAAAAGUCAACACUGGAAUGCUGAUGGGACCUUUCGUACGGCACCAAAAUUAUUUUAUCAGUCAUAUAGUAUACAUAUAUGGGAUGAAUUUAGUAUGAAGCCAAUUGUUCAUGCAGCGUUACCAAAUAAAAAUGAAACAUCAUAUGAAAUUUUACUUGAUCGCUUAUUAUCAUACGCAACACAACAAAAUGUGGCAUUAAGUCCACAGUCAAUUUUAAUUGAUUUUGAAGUUGCUUCAUGGAAUGCUUUCUCGCAGAGUACAAUUAGUGCAUGA